AUGCCUGCUGUAUCCCCCACAACACCAAGACUCGUUGCGAUCGAUGGCUUUGAUGAAUGCAGCGAUCAGGCCAUUCAGCAUGACCUUCUCCUAAUCCUAGCGUCUGCCCUUCCACGAUUCGACUACCCGUUUCAAUUCCUCAUAGCCACUCGACCCGAGGCACACAUCAUGCAAAUCCUUCAACACCACCCGUCUUUCCAGUGUGGCUCUGUCCGGCAUCUUAACCUGAACGAUACGAAUGCCGAUAAUGAUAUACGUACCUUCUUCGUCAAUCGGUUCGCCGAGAUCAGAAGAACACAUCCAAUCGGUGGAUAUCUCGCGUCGCCGUGGCCAGCAGAAAAGGACAUUGACAAGCUAGUUCGCAAGGCAUCGUCUCAGUUCAUCUACGCCGCUACCGUCAUGAAUUUCCUUUCAUCCCCGGAACACAGACCCGACGACCGACUCCAAGUCAUACUAGGACUAUCUGCCCCGCACGUGAACGAGAAGCCAUUCGCACAGCUGGACAUCCUAUACACAUAUAUUCUCAUCUAUUCAAUGCAGCCGCCUCAAUACUGUGAAUCGGAUUCUUGGAAUCAUGGUCCUCGCAACUGA